AGGGCAGGGCAGUUCGAGAAACGGGUGGGCGUGUGCCGGGUGUGCGCGGGAGGGGCCUGGGGUGCGCGUGCGCGUCGGGGCCGAAGCCGCGGGAGGAGGUGGGAGCUGAGGUGGCGGUGGAGGGGGCGGGUCGCGUCCGGCGCCACGUCCGCAGCCAGAGGCCGCUGCUGGCGCCGUAGCCCAACGGAGUCUUCAGGCUCCAAAGCUUGAGGAGGCGCUUGCCGAAUCCGCAACUGCCCGGGGCUGUGCCAAUCGCUCAGGCCACCGCAGCCCUCUUAGGUGCUGCCCGCUCCCUCCGCCCAGCCCCGGCUUCAGGCGACAACCCUCGACCCCGGAGGAGAUCAUGAAUCAGGCAGAUAAAAAUCAAGAACUCCCAUCAUACCUUAGUGAUGAACCACCAGAAGGUUCAAUGAAAGAUCACCCACAGCAGCAACCAGGCAUGUUGUCCCGUGUGACUGGCGGUAUCUUCAGUGUUACAAAGGGAGCUGUUGGUGCUACCAUUGGUGGUGUGGCUUGGAUUGGUGGGAAGAGUCUGGAGGUGACCAAAACAGCUGUUACAACUGUGCCUUCCAUGGGAAUAGGGCUGGUGAAAGGGGGCGUGUCUGCUGUGGCUGGAGGUGUUACAGCUGUUGGGUCUGCUGUUGUAAACAAAGUGCCCUUAACAGGAAAGAAGAAAGACAAAUCUGACUAAAAUAUGGAGAUACACUCGCUCUCCACAGCAUUAUGAUGCCAGUGGCAUUGAAUUGCUAAAUUAUGGACUACAACCAAGUCACCUGUUUGGACGUUUAUCUUCUAAACUGCUGUGUUGAAAGUAUUGAUGACUGGCUUUUGUCUAAAAAGAAGAGACCAAUACUAGCACAGUGUAUGAAGGUUUCUCAUACUUAAAUUCCAGCUUUUUAUCUGGUAAAAUGUUACACUUAUUCAGUUGUAACUGAAGAUAUGGUAUAUUUGAUAUUUACUAUAAGUCUUUCAGUUUAACUAAAAAAUGUGAAAGUUGAAUUUAGUUGAUCUUUACAGUUCCAUAUGUAUAAUGUGCCAGGUAACCCAUCUGCCCCUUAAGAAGGGAACCUUGAAUUACAUAAACUGUACCUUUGAUGUGCCUAAUAGUUUCAGAUGUCUUAGUUUUUUUUAUAACCAUAGUUGAGUAGGCCAAGAGGCAUUCUUUUCUUAAGCUGGUAAAAGUAGCAGGAAUUUAGAGCAAUUUAAAAGAAGAGAUAAAUGGUUUUAUGAUACUGAGUGUUAACCAUCUUUUGUUAGAUAAGCAUUACAUUAAUCAUUGAUGCCUUAUAAAACAUCUUUUCUAAUACCCUAAACAUGUGCAGUUCUUAGAACUAUAUAUGGAUUCUUUUAAAAAUUGUGAAAUUAGUUUUCCCUCAUAAGAAUCUCAGGAGUAUUGGGGUAAAGGCAUUUCUUGCUCUCAGCAGAUAAGGUAGUGCUUGUAGGCAUUUUGUUAACUGUCAGUGUAGUUACCGGCCAAGGUUAUGCUUCAGCCUGGUUUCAUGCUCCAUCUUUAGUACACCUCACAGUGCCUAAGGAAUAUUUCUUUGCUGAUCAUAAGCUAUCUUGGAAGUUUCAUAUUAAGGAGGAACAAAUAAUUUUAAAUUCUUAAGAAUCACCUAAAGCAUCCAAGAUAUAAAAAAUCUUCACGCCAAUUUUAUCUUUAGGAUGGCUUAAAAUGUUAGCAGUACACCCCUUUUGAAAAUCACAGUAAAAGCAGCCACAAAUAUUUGGGAGCUGACUUUUAAAUCGAAAUGAAAUAGGCUCUACAGAUUAGUUUUGAAUGUAAAGUAAUAAGUGCUGUCAGUGGUUUGUAGACUUAAAAUGUUAUCUUACAAUCCUUUGAAGAAGUCGUAGACUUUGUACCAUUUCCAAGUGAACUUCAGGCGGGGAAUUGAAGUUUUUUAUUGUGGAUGGUAAGUGUGUCAUGUCUUCUUAACAUGUUUCAUCAUGUCUCAUUCAUUCUCAAAGAAUAUGACUUAGCUGGAAUUCAUUUUUUAUUUCAUAUUCAGUUUCAUAAAAAUUUUAAAAGUGGCACAUAUAUAUUUGGCAUUCCUCUUAACUAAGGGUUAUAAUCCAAGCCUGAAAAAUCUUAGUUUUCUUUAUACUUAAGUCUGGAAAUUUGCCUCCAUUUUGCAGAAGUGUGUGUGUGUGUGUGUGUGUGUGUGCGUGUGUAGGAAAGGAGGUGAUGCUCUAGAGUAAGUCAGAAAAC